AUGUUCAUAAUUAACCUUUUAAUAAUAAUCGUCCCCAUCCUCCUCGCAGUGGCAUUCCUCACUCUUGUAGAACGCAAAGUACUUGGCUACAUGCAACUACGUAAAGGACCCAACGUUGUAGGCCCCUACGGGCUACUUCAACCAAUCGCGGAUGCUAUUAAGCUCUUCACCAAAGAACCUCUUCGUCCCCUAACAUCCUCCAUCUCCAUAUUUAUUAUCGCACCCAUCCUAGCCCUCACUCUAGCCCUAACAAUAUGAACCCCCCUGCCUAUACCAUACCCCUUAAUUAAUAUAAACCUAGGAAUUCUAUUCAUACUAGCUAUAUCAAGCCUAGCAGUAUACUCAAUCCUAUGAUCAGGAUGAGCUUCAAACUCCAAGUACGCACUAAUCGGAGCUCUCCGAGCAGUAGCACAAACAAUUUCUUACGAAGUAACACUCGCAAUUAUUCUUCUAUCUGUCCUACUACUAAGUGGAUCCUUUACCUUACCAACCCUGAUCACCACCCAAGAACAUAUCUGACUUAUUGUCCCAUCAUGACCUCUAGCCAUAAUAUGAUUCAUCUCAACCCUGGCAGAAACCAACCGAGCCCCUUUCGAUCUUACAGAAGGUGAAUCCGAGCUGGUCUCCGGGUUCAACGUAGAAUAUGCCGGAGGCCCUUUCGCACUUUUUUUCCUAGCAGAAUAUGCUAACAUCAUUAUAAUAAACAUCUUCACAACCAUCCUAUUUCUAGGGGCAUUCCACAACCCACUAAUACCCGAACUAUACACAAUUAACUUCGUAACAAAAUCUAUACUCCUCACCAUCUCAUUCCUAUGAGUACGAGCAUCAUAUCCACGCUUCCGAUACGACCAGCUCAUGCAUCUUUUAUGAAAAAACUUCCUCCCACUAACGCUAGCUCUAUGCAUAUGGCACGUAACAAUACCCAUUAUUACAGCUGGUGUACCGCCCUUAACAUA